CGUCGUCAAUUUUAGAGCUUGACAGAGAUAGAUGUGAGCAUAUACUGCGAUAGUAGACGAGACUACGCAGUGUAUGUUCCUCCGCGAUGAGAGUCACAAGAAAUAUCACAUUCCUCAUCUUGUCAGGGAUCCUCGGGAGUGUUAAAACUAACCCAACGAGUCAGCCAGCCACUCCGAGGGGGACAAUAGACUUCGAUCACUUCGUAUUCUCUCAGGUAUACCCACCAGCCCUCUGUCCAGCCCCCGCAGAAACAAACAGUGGUUGCAGUGACAUCAUCAGAAACCACUGGAUGAUCCAUGGGCUCUGGCCAGGGAAAUUUCACACUUUAGAUGUGAAAUACUGUGACAACAGUUCCAUCUUUGAUCCCACAUCCAUCGACCCCAUUAAAACGGAAAUGAAGACGAAGUGGCUAGAGUGGAUGCCACUAAAAGAGGACGAUAAACCCUUAUGGCUGUGGAAGCACGAGUGGGAGAAGCAUGGAACGUGUUCCACAUCCCUUGAUAUGCUAAAAACGCAGGAGAUGUAUUUCAAGAAGGGCUUGGAGCUGUACGACUCUCACAACAUGAAUAGUGUCUUGAAGAAGGCGAAUAUUUUUCCGGGCAGUUAUUACUCGGUUCAAACGAUUCUCGGGGGAGUCAGUCGAGUUCUGGGGAAACGGUGCAUGUUGUAUUGCGAUACUCAACAGGGGAAAAAUCAGUCGCAUCUCGAAGAACUCUGGAUUUGCUUCGAUAAGUCCCUAAAUUUGAUCGACUGCGAUCAAGUUCUAAACUUCCCAACUGAUUGCCCUUGGGAAAGAGAUGUUUAUUAUCCUGAAUAUCAACCUAGUUUCAUCAACGUUCAAGUCACCUGAUUUCUCAAGUCAUCUUCAGCGAGAGAUGAUGGCGGAAAAGAUCACGCGGUAAAUUCUCAAAAUUUCACAGGGGCUAUCCAGUUUCUGGAUUCGUAUUCGCUUAUCUAUUCGUUUGGGAAAUAUUAAUCGGAUCGCGGGUGGUUCGAGAAAUUCGCACUUAUCAUAAAGAAAUAGCGGGAUUAAGCUUGUUUUCGGGAAUAUUCUCUUCCGAUUUGAAUUUUAUCCAAUGGGAAAUAGCAUGCUAGAUGCCGACACAUUUUCAUUAGUAAUAAUGAUAGAAAUCACUUAAUUAUAAAAUUAUUUUCAUAUUUAUAACCUGUGGGGAAGUCUCCGCGCUGUUAUCAGUCCACUUCUCUUAUCCUUCCGUGUUUUUCUGUACAAUCACGACAGCUGAGGGCACAAGACCUGGAAAAUAAAAUAAAAAUACUGUUAUGUCUCCGAAAAGUUAUAAUAGUCAAAACAAAAUAAUUACCAAGAACAUCUAGAGGUGCAUCAUAAUCGUCACCGAUGAACACUUUCCUAGGGAAGCUCGUCAUAAGAUUAAAAGCUCCUGGAGGAUCAGUUCUGUGCAUUUCUACGUAUAGACGCACAGCUGACAGCUGCUCUUUAGAGCCAAAGCUUUGAGUCAGUGUUUCACCAUUGGUAAGACGUAUCUGAAAUAAAAAUGAAGAUCAAAUGCAUAGAAUCAUGUCAAGAUCCAGCUCAGUAACCGAGUCCCCUUUUGAGAGUUUAUUUACCUGAAUUUUUGUUUGAUUGUAAUCCCUUUUCGGUGCUGGAGCAACAGGACUGGGGCCUGUGGGGCUCGUGGGAGAAACAACAGCUGUAUUCCCACUGUCCUCGGCUUGUCUGGCUCGUCUCGCUGCUUUAUCAGCCUCAAUUUGCUCACGAAUUUUCUGACGAGCGAUUCUGUCCUCCUCUUUCUCACGCUUUCGUUGCUCCAAGAGUUUUUUCAUUUCUAACUCUUCCAAUCUUGGAAUUUAGAACAAAAUAAUAAAAAAAAUUAUACAUAUAAUUGUAUUUUGUAUAAAUAAACUUUCUAUUUUAUUGGUAAUGAAAAAUUAGCAAUUUAUAUGAUAAUCACCUGCGUCUAGCCUCUGCGAUCUCCUUCCCCGAUUUUAUUCGGAAUUUCUCUCUCUCAUAAGCCUCUUGCUUUUCAGUCUCUUCUCGUUCCUUUCUUUUCUGCUUCAUUCUCUCCUCCAAUAACUUCAAUUUUUCCUUCUUUUCCUCCUCUGUCAGUGGCUUUUUCUCCUCUAGACUCUCUGAGAAACUGUCAUGGCCAGAUUUGGUUGCGUGGAACUCUACUUCAAGAGAGGAUUUGAAUAAUUUCCCACAUCUGAAACAUCAAAGAUGGGAUUGAGAGCCAUUUCUUGGACAAUAAAGAGGUUAGGACUGAGCUAAUGCUCAGCGAUUUCUCCUGUAGAACUGAUCAUCAACAUAAAUAACCCCCCACGAGCCUUUUGAACAAUGAUUUAGCUUCUCCAACAGGCUCCUCAGCUGUCUCAGCAGCUUUCGCCUCUUCUGGAGGUGCACUUCCUGAUGCCUGGACUUCCAAUGACUCAGCAGUGGGCUCACCAUCGUCAGAAUGAGC